AUUACACAGGCAGCACUGAAACAGAGACCAAGGAGCAGAAUAGUUUAUAGAAUAAAUGGCUCAUAAAAUGGAGUACCCCCCACUAUGUGUGACACCACCUCCGGAGCUUUUGGGGGAGGUUCUUCGGGAACAUUAUACCCCACUGCCUUAUAUGGCAUCCAUUAAUAAGAUGAAGCGGCUUCCCUCUGGCCAUUACUUCUGCAUGGAAAACUUUGAAGAGGUGUUGGAGAGAAGACAGGCUGCUAAUGCCAAAGAGAGAGAGAGGAUUAGAAAUAUCAACAGCGGAUUUUCAAAGUUGAAGACAAUUGUGCCUCUCAUCCCCAAGGACAGAAAGCCAAGCAAGGUAGACACACUCAAAGCUGCUACAGAAUAUAUUCGACUACUUCAUGAUAUAUUGGAGGAAACCGGUGGAUUUGAGGUAGAUGUACACGACUUUUAUUUUCUUUCUGCUCAUUUGACCUUGGGCACAGCAGCAAAAGUGCAGACAGAGAGAAUGACAUUGAGGAUGGUUAUAGUGCUGCAUUUUUAAGGGCUAACAGCAUCCUUGGCCAGUCCUUGGCCAGUCAUCUUCUAAAUAAUUCAAAGUGUGCAUGUCAAGGGAUCUGGAAGUGUUUUAGAAGAUCUGUAGCUGCAAGAGCUCCCAGCCAGGAGAGGUGGCAGAUAUGCAGUAGUAUGAAGACAUCUGCUCAGUGUUUCAUUCUCUACUAUUAGUGGCAGACGGUCUGGGGAAUAUUUGUGAGGACAAAGCCCUUUUAGUCCAUAAGGGAAUGGUCUGCACUGCUUAUAGAGUAGGUUCUGAUUAGGUUGGGGUCUACUCUAUAGUACUUUUCUCUAUCAAUUGUUAUACGCAAAUCAGAUGGUGACUAAACACUCAAAUUGCUGUCUGCUUCUGCUCCAUGAUGGAACCAUAAGUCAUUGCAUUUUGCAUACUUACUAAAGACUACAUUGCACUCAUCCUCUGAAAGGCUUUGAUCCUCUUUAAAGAGGUUGUUCCCCAUCACUUUUUUUUUCAGUUCAGUUGUUUGAAGAUGGUUCAUCAGUAAUAAAGACUUUUUCCAUGCA